AUGGUUGCCGAAAGCAUUAAUCAACACGAUGGCCGACCAUUAGGUACUUUUAGCGUUGAUCUCAGAAGAGGAUGGUGCGAUUGUGGGAGGUUUCAGGCAUUUCAUUUACCUUGUUCCCAUGUAAUCGUAGCAUGUUCCAGUAUACGAAAGGACCACAACAUGCACAUACCAGAUGUUUUCAAGGUUCUAAGUGUAUUUAAAGUCUAUAGCGAAAGCUUCCUUGGACUUCCACACCACCAAAAUUGGCCAACAUAUGAAGGAUUCACUCUUUGCUAUGACGAGACAAUGCGAAGGAAUAAGAAAGGGUGUCCAAAUAGUACAAGAACUAAAAUCGAAAUGGACGAUCUUGAGAAAGAAAAGAGAAGAUGUGGAAUAUCUCGAGAAAUUGGUCAUAUGCGUAGGAAAUGUCCAAAUGUAGUAGGCCCGUCAAAUCGGCUCGUCUAA